CCUACACUACGGCAGGAAGGCGGAUCGCAAUGUCUGAAUAUGCAGUACGAGCCAACCUAAAACCUAGGUAGAUGUAGGUAGGUAGGUUAGGUACCGCAUAUGCCCAAGGUACCUAGGUGUAGUACCUGUAUCUUUUGAAUCUUUUUGGCGUUGGAUGAUUUUAGAUUAAACAUCUUUAGGUUAGGAUUUUCUUCAUCAUUACAUCUCCCUCUCCCUCUCCCUCUCCACCUUCGCCUUCGCAGUCUUGCUGCGACGAGCUCGACUCUUUUCUACAGUACAUAUUUGAACAUAUUGAUCUUAUUGUAGCAUCCAAUAUCGAGCAUCGAUCGUUAUACAAUCCCUGCACCUAUACGGCCCCCCCUCUUAUACCCUUUCCCUCUCGGCCUGUAUUCGAUUUAUUCAAUUUACGAUAGCGAUUCGCCUUUUCGCCUGCCCGCAUCGGACCAGAUAUCCCAUCCGCCUGCUAAUUCCGUGAUACCUCUCUCACCUAACUACGUCAACAAGGGUUACCCGACACCCCUCGACUUUCACCACAGAGCGCAUUGAAUACUUUACCUGUUUGCGUCGCCAUCGAUUACAUUAGACUUAUUCUCGUCUGCUUCGCAUUCUGUUUAUCCCCUACCGAAUCUAACCCCGAGAUCCCGAUUCCCAUUUAUCCUAGAUGUCGCAUUAGAUUACAAGAUAUUCUUCGAUUUGCUACCAUGAAUGAAGGGUCGUACAAUAAUGUCGUCCGGAGCAAUAGCUCGUUCUCCCCAAUGACACCUUCUACUCCGAGUGCAUACAAGGCGAACGUAAACCGAACGAAGACAAGAAAAUGGGUGGAGGCAAAGGUUCAAAGUUACGACGGUGAUGAUUGGGGUAAUGAAUACGAGGACGAAUAUGGCGAACCCGAACCAGAACCCGAGCCUGCACCUCGGGUCGCUGCGUUACGACAACAAACGAACUCCCAACAACCAAGAACAUUCUCUCAAUCUUCGACCGGCACAGUUAAUUCGUCGAAUAGACCCGGCCCGUUCGGGGCAAGAGACCCUAGCGGCCCGCCAUCUUUACAUAUACACACUGGAGCGGAUUUAGGAUCUCGUCCAGUCGAUACCACUGCGUCUGCGUCGGAUCAAGGGCCGGCGUCGUCUCGCUUUCCCCUUCGUGAUGGGAGUAGAAGCCAAGAAGGAACCCCUCUUGGUGACAUUAAUGUCCCUGGGUCAGGUUCUCGGGCGGGAUCCAUAUCAACUCAACUAUGGACUCAAAGAGCCGCAUCUCCCACCAAAUCCUCGAAUUUAGUUAGACCUUCGGACCUGUAUAAUCGGACGGAUGAAGAUAAGGAGAAAGAAGGUAGACAUAUGGAGUCGGGAGGGCUUAGUGUAGAAGGCAAUUAUGGUCGGAACAGGCUUUCUACCAGUCCAAAAUUGCCGGACUUAGCACGUCUGUCUGGGUUUGGCGACGACUUUUUCUCAACCUCUGGAAAUUAUAGCCCUCGGGCUCGUUCGACUUUAUCGACAAUUACGGACACUCAGCAGACAGAUAGAGCAAGGGAUGCACCUGGCCCGUUAACUGGGCCAGAUAGCAAACGGUGCGACACUGCUGAAAUCUCUGGACAGAAUCCCUCAAGCACCUUGGUAGGACCGAAGCUUGAACCAAAUCCCCAAAUCAUUAUGCCGCCACUAGAUGCUGAUUUAGAACCGAAUAAGAGCAACACUGACAGUGCAUCCCACCAAUCUACUGUGCUUAGACCCCAACUUCCUGGAACUUGGGUGUCCGAAACUAUCAGCGUCGGCUCCGGGAAUCCAACGCCCACAGAAAAGGUCGAGGGGCCCGGCCCGGCCUCCUUAGGCAGCAUCGUAAAUGCUAACGCGCCUCCAAUGAGCAUAAGACACGCGGAGCCUGCUGACCUCGAACCAACCACUGCUAUUCGACAGCUGCCGACAAAACAUGACGACUUAAACACGACAGAAAAUAAAUCCAUGCGUACGUCUGAAAGCGGGUUUAAUAAUGCUACAGGAAAACAUGACGAUAUCGUAGCCUCGAAAGUAAUUGCCGCUGGACCCGGUUAUCAUCCAACGCCUCAGUCUCUUCCGCCGUUGAACACGGAUAACCACCUCGCUUCACCCAAUACUGUCUCAUCAGACAAGCGCGGAGCGCCAGAAGUAGCUGAUAUGGGACUUCCAGCAUUGCAAUAUGGAGAUUCUCCGUUCCAGUCGUCUUCGGCUCGGCAGAGUGCAACCACCAGCUCAGGUUUCACUCCUACAGCGCCGUUGAAUACACGCCGGUCCAUCAUUGCUCCACCAGAGCUUGCAACACCUACAGCACAGGAACGGAAAUCUACUAUGAGUACUGUCCAUACUGCGUCUCCUGAAAAGGAGAGUGAUAAGCUAAGGGAAGAGAUAAUCAAAUCCCUAAGCGCAAGUCCGGCUACUACGCCUAACGCAAGCACUAUCCUAGGCGCUUCUAACGCUACCUUCGAUCCAGCGCAAGGCAGACCGGCCCGAGAGAGUACAUAUUUAUCUGAUGUCUACGAUGAUUACUUGGCACCAGUGGAAGAUAAAUCUCUCCAAGAGACAGGUUUACUUCUUAAGCAGGGAUCGAAGGCACCCAAUUAUGGACUUGAUGAGACUGAGACUGAGACGGAGCUUGGGCUCGGACGAGACCUACAGAAGGGAAGCACCUUUCCAGACAUCGCUCCUUUGAGCCCACGUAGAAGUCCAGAACAAGGCACCGCACGUCCACAAAACCGGUUCUCGUGGGAGAAUGAUUCAAAGAAAGGCGUGCCUAAUUCUACUGGGGGGACUCCGAGUGUGCCAACCACCCUCAGCGAACCGACCAAGAGUAAUCAGAUCGAAUAUCAACCUCCCACAACGACAGAGCUGGGUGCGGGUGCUACUACUUCAAGCGCUCUACAAGUCCAAACAGAGAGCCGUGCCACCAUAUCUCAUCAAGUUUCUGACGUUAGCAGUCGCGCCCCUGGAGAUCGGUCGAUAACAGGGCUUGAUUUGCCCUCUCCUGUUUCGCUGGUGACGGAUAAUGGUCUUAGAGCCCAAUCUGCAGCUCCCGAAACAUCGCGUUUAUCCUUCGCAGAUGAGAAAGAGCAAGUACUAAUUCGAUCAUCAUCAAACACGUCGUCGGCCGAACAACAUCCUGCCCUAGCGCAGCCGAUAGAGCUUAUUUCUGAACCGUCACCAGCCCUUCAACCAGCCCCAAUAGCCCAACCGUCUUCGCAAGCGAAGAUUAUGGCGUUUAGAGAUAUCCUCAACAUUCUAUCAAUCGAACAAAGAAUCCAGAAAUUUGAUGAAACACGGGCUCAGUUUUAUUCAAUGGAUUCUGGCUUGUCGAACUGGAUUAUGUACAUGCAGAGCCAGCCGGAGCAUGGUAUAGUGUCAACGACGUCAACAGGUGGGCAAAUGUCUCCUUCCGCCGUCCAGUCUCAGGCUGAACAACCAUACUACCAACAAUACUUAAACGCCAGUAACCCUGAUGCACCACCGGUACAACGCGGAAGGGCUGCGAGUGGCAAUUUGCAACAGAUGUUUACGGGUCAAUCUAUGAGUAACUUUGGUUCGUCCGGUGCUCAGGUUGGGACAAAGAGUAAGGAACUCUUACAGGCCGCAGGGGCGUUUGGCAAUAAGGGUGUGAAGUCGGGCAUGAAACUAUUCAACAAAGGCAAGAACAAACUUCGCGGAACGGGGGACAAGGGCUUUUUUCAAUAGUAGUCACCUCUCUUCAUCGUGUUUACCCUCCUAGUAGGAAGGUCGCGUGAAAACAAUGGCCUUAUGUUGCAGCAUUUCGUCUAAGUGAGAUACGAUGGAAGCUAUGAGCGGAGAAGGUUCUUAUGCGAUAGGCAGAGACGAUAUUUCCCUGCUAUUCGUACAUUCCAGUCUCGACUUUUCAUAUGCACUGUAUUAAUUCAUCUUGUGGACAUACGCGUUUCUCGAUCGGGUUGAGCAUAGGAAUUCAGGCGGCGGUGCGUAGGUUGUACAAUUUACUGGGAGCAUGGAUUUGAUCGAAGGAUGGAGGUAAUUCGAUCUAAGAUAUCAUAAUACUAAAAUGAUUUUUUUUUUUACUCGCCUCAUCUAGC